UUAAAAGGACAAGCUCAAGCUCCUAAACCUUGAAAAUCCCCAAACACCACCUGUCUCUCUCUAACAAAACCCUCUCUUUCGUUCUCUCUCCAAACACCCCAAAAUCGCUGAGGCCAUGCCCGACUCGCGGUAGCUUCGCUUGGACAUGUCUUGUACGGCCCUCAUUGUGAUAUAGGAUUUCGCAGUCUGCUACAUUGGUAAGCUCCGUUAACCAUGUACGGUUUUGAUCCGAUUCGUUACGUACAAUCUUUUCCCCCAAUUUGUUGAUUUUCUCCCUCUUAGUUUCAGGGUCUGAUUAGCUCUUCGUAGAAGCAUAUUAAGGUUUAUCUUUUGAGUUCUUGACUUGAAUCAAUGGAGGCUUUGUUUAUGAGUAUGGUUUAAAUGGCACCGAGUGAAGCUAUUUGAAACGGAAACGAAUUGCUUGGGUUUAGGGUUUUGUGAGAGAUGAGGGAGGGAUUGAGAUCUGGGAAACUAUCGCUGAAUCCGAGGAGAGAUGGGAAAGAUAAAGUUUCUCCGAGCAAAAUUGUUCAAAAUGGAAUGAAGGUGUCGGGUUCUGAUUUGAGCUGUGAGGGAAACCUGCAUUUGAUCUCGAGCAGGGUGGAGACUGAGAAACAGUCUUCGACACUAGAAAUUGAGAAAAAUGAGGAGGAAUAUGUAGAAGAUGGGGAAGAUGUUGCGUUAGUUGAGAAUGAGAGGAAAAGGAGCCUUAAUGGUGGUGAAGAGAGUGAAUAUGGCGGUGUCGUGAAGAAAAUGGUGAAGGAAGAAGAGGUUUUGGAUGAUGAAGUACCAACUGGGGGUCGGGUUUUGAGGUCGAGGCUUGCGGUGAAAAGUGGGGCUGAUGAAGGAGGUGGUAAGGGAGAGAGUGAAAGCAGUUUUAUUGGGAAAUGUAUGGGGAGUGAUGUGGGUGAGAAUAAAAUGGUUAAGGUAGAAAAGGAAGAGAAUGAUCAACAGGUUGGUGGGUUGAUGAAGUUAAAAAAGAAGCGCGGGAGGCCUCCUAAGGUGCGAAAAGAAGAGACUGAUUUACACGCUGGUGGGCUGGAGAUGAAUCUGAAACGUAAACGUGGCAGACCUUUGGGGAGACCGCCCAAGGUGAAAAAAGAAGGGAUUGAUUUAAAGGUUGAUGCGCUGGAGAUGAAUUUAAAACGUAAACGUGGCAGACCUUUGGGGAGACCCCCGAAGGCUGGUAAAGAGGAGGUUGAUCCGUUGGUUGGUAGAUCGAAGAAGUUGAAACGUGGGCGUGGGAGACCCCCAAAGUGGAAGGAUAGUAAUGGAGUUUUGAAGGCUGCGCUUGAUAAGAAAGGAAAGUUGGGUGGAUCAAGGAAAGGUGAGAAGGAUUUAAAGCUGAGAGAUAGUGCAAAUUGGAAUGUAUCAACUACUAGUUUGUAUGCGGAAAAGAGAUGUAAUGGGAAAGAAUCAAAUAUGAAGAGGUUUUCACCAGCAAAGAAGAAUAAAUAUGGGAAAGAUUUGGAAAUUGAGGACAAUGCUUCAAUAGAGCUGAAAUCAAAGAUUGUGCAGUCAUCAAGUGUCGAUAAAGAGAACAAAGGAGAGAAAGUUAAGCAGGAGGAUGAAGAAGUGGAACCUGGUAGAUUUGCGGCAAAGCAGUUGGUAAGAGAGAAAAUAACAGAAUUGCUUUUCAGUGCAGGCUGGACGGUUCAGUAUAGGCCUAGGUUUAACAGAUCUUACAAUGAUGCGGUGUAUGUUAGUCCAGAUGGAAAGACCCACUGGUCAGUCACCUUGGCUUAUAGAGUGCUGAAACAGCGUUAUGAAGCUGGUGAUGGUGAAUCUAAGACGUAUAAGGCUGGUUUUGUAUUUACUCCGAUAUCAGAGGAAGAAUUCAGCAUACUAAAAAGGGUAGUUUCUGAGAAAAGGGCGGGUAAAAGAAAAAGGCAGCAGAAGCACGGGUAUGGAGAUAAGAUUGGUGCGAUUGAAAAGAAAAGGCGCAAGGCUGGAGCGAGUCUGGGGGGUAAGUCAGUGAAGAGGAGAAUGAAAGGGAAGUUGCUUCAUGAGCAGGACGAUUCAGCUGAUACCUCGCAAGAAGUAAUGCCUAUAUCAGUUAGGGAUCACAAGGUGCGGAAGACACAAAGUAAAAAGCGAUGUGCAUUGCUGGUUCGCAACAACGAGGAGGGAGUGGAUUUGGAUGUUGAUGGCUAUAUUCCAUAUGAUGGGAAACGUACUGUAUUUUCCUGGAUGAUUGAUUUGGGGACUGUACCACUUAAUGGGAAGGUGCAGUACAUGAAUCAGAGAAGGACACGCGUAAGGCUUGGGGGUAGGAUUACUAGAGAUGGCAUUCAUUGUGACUGUUGUAGGGAAGUGAUUCCAAUUGCGAAAUUUGAAGCUCAUGCAGGAAGCAAUCUCUGUCAGCCAUUUCAAAAUAUAUUUAUUGAGUCCGGAACUUCCCUGCUGCAAUGCCUGCUAGACUCAUGGAAUAAGCAGGAGAAAUCAGAAUGUAAAGGGUUCCAUUUUGUAGAUGUUGAAGGUGAAGAUCCGAAUGAUGACACAUGUGGCAUCUGUGGAGAUGGUGGCGACUUGAUCUGCUGUGACACAUGCCCUUCAACAUUCCAUCAAAGCUGCUUAGAUAUUGAAAAGUUUCCUUUUGGUGAUUGGCACUGUGUAUAUUGUUCAUGCAAAAUUUGUGGGAUGGUUGAUGGGAACGCAUAUCAGAGGCAUGAUGAUGAUGUUGCUGCUGUAUCUGCAUUGCUUACGUGCCACUUGUGUGAGGAAAAAUUCCAUCAAUCCUGCAUUCUGGAGAAGGAUGCUGUAAAUAUUGAUUCUAAUGGCCCAUCCUUUUGUGGGAAGAAAUGCCAAGAGUUAUUUGAGAGACUACAUAUGCUUCAUGGGGUCAAACACGAAUUGGAAGUAGGAUUUUCAUGGACUCUUAUCCGCCGAUCAGAUAUUUCUCCUACUGAACUUCCACCAGAGGUUGAAUGGAAUUCCAAGCUAGCUGUUGCAUUUUCCAUAAUGGAUGAGUGCUUUUUACCUGUUAUUGAUCACAGAAGUGGAGUCAAUCUGAUCCAUAAUAUUGUCUAUAAUUGUGGGUCAAAUUUUACUCGUCUGAAUUAUAGUGGUUUUUUCACUGUAAUACUUGAGAGGGGUGAUGAGAUCAUCUCUGCAGCAUCCAUCAGGAUUCAUGGAAACCAAUUAGCAGAGAUGCCAUUCAUUGGGACCCGCUAUAUGUAUAGGCGCCAAGGGAUGUGCCGUCGGCUUCUAGGUGCCAUUGAAUCUGUUCUCUGCUCUCUGAAUGUUGAGAAACUAGUCAUACCGGCAAUCUCCGAACUUAGAGGAACAUGGACUUCCAUUUUUGGUUUCAAACCCCUUGACCUAUCAGGCAAACAGAAAAUGAGGAGCAUGAAUAUGUUGGUGUUUCCUGGCAUAGAUAUGUUGCAGAAAUCACUUUUGAAACAUCAAUUUGAUGAGGAAAAUUUGGCUUCUACACAAGGUUUGGUGUCCACUGAACAUACGGUGGCUCAUAAUUCUGAUUUGAUACAUUCAGCUGGGUCAGAUCUAAAUGUUUCUAUUGGGGCUGCUGUAGCUCAUGCACAUGAUUUAAAUCAACCAGCUGCUGUUGAAUCUGGUUUGCAUCUUCCUGGUCGCUCUGGUGACAUGACAGGUGAGACUAUCGAUUUACCCAAAUGUGUUAUUAGUCAGAAAUGCCAAGUUCCAGUCCAGUUGAAUGACGACAAUCUGGAGGAAGACAAAACUGUUAUGAAACCACUUGAUUCAAUUUGUAAUGCAAAUGGACCAACUGAGGGGAUUAAGGAAUAUCAUAUUGCUGCUGCUGGUUCCAUUAUUAGCGAGAGGACAACAGAAUAUGAUUCCCUAUCAGACCAUAACUGUAUUUCUGAAGUUGAGGGCAAAUUAUUCCCGGUGCCUCAUAUUGGAUUUGAAACUUCUGAUUGUGAGAAACCAUGUGUCAGUGCUUCUGGGAUGGAUACUGAGAAUGCUGAUUGUGAGAUUAAAACUGUAGAUAGCAUUGUUCAACACAAACUGAAUUCUUAUGAAGAGACUUCUGUGUGCCACUCUGCUGAGUACAUUAUGUCUCAGUGCCGAGAUGUGGCUUGUGUAGAUAGAUUAAAAAUUUCUACUGAAACUGUUCUCCAUAAUCUAGGGGCUACAACUCGGAUGUCUCAUGAUGUGAAGGACAUUAAGCCUGACGGUUUUCAACAGUUGCAGGAUAUGGGGUGUGUUCCCGAAUCAGCUGAAAGGAUGCUCGACACUCAAGAAGGGAAAAACAGCCAUGCUGCUGUUCUAUGUACAUCUAGAGCACUGGAUGGGAUUUGUCCAACAUCUACCGAGUAUUCUGGUUCUCAGGUUCAGCCCAAGACCAUAAAUAUUUUUUGCAAUAAAGCUACCCUAACUAUACCACCAGCUCGCAUGGUUCACCCAACUCUCCCCUCAGUUCACCAAAGGGAGCAAGCCAAUACAAGUGGUUUUCCCGUUGAAUGCAACGUUAGUCCUUCCUGCCAGGGCAAUAGGCUGGAUGCUCAUGAGGUUGAGAUCUCUGCUGCAGUUGAAGGUAAAUGUCAUUUUUCUAGUGAAGCUUCUUUAAAUUCCACCAGGAAACCUAAUAUCCAGACUUGCAUGAGCAAUGGAGUUUGCAUGGCCUCGGAGCUCACAUGUGGUUCUUCUGAGGUUACUGCGGAUGGCCCUGGUGAAGAGAGAGAAUCAUCAGCUAUUAAUCAGACAAAUGUCAAUUCUACUGACCAGGAUUUAAUUCUUGAUGGGCCUGAGAUGAAGAACAAAUCUUCGAAGCGUGUUGAAUUUGGUUCACAGGUUGAUCAUAUUGGUGUAACAAAGUGCAAUCCGAAAUCUUCAGAGCUCUCAAAGUCUGAUUCAAGUAUCACACAGUGCAAUUCUGACUCUAUGUGCAACUUAAGCUCUGCUUCUGAUGUGGCUCUUCACUGUGCCUCUGGUGGGGGUAAUUCAUGUGGAACCCCUGAGGUAAUGGUUCUAUCAAACCGGGCUAGUUAGUUUCCUUUUGGUUCGUCUCCAGCAGAAAGCAGAAUUUUGAUGGCAGUUGUUAACAGUGGCGCUGGUAGGCCUUGGUUAACCAAUUUUGUAAAUGACUAGGAUGUGCUUUAGACUUUUUUUUUUUUUUAUGCUUCGGGGGGGAAAAGCCAAUUCUUUUUCAAUGUAUAAAUAUUCAAUAUAGGAGACUUUUCAAAGCUGAGGAGUAAGGAGCAGCGGCCGGAUGGCCAUGGCAACCCCGCCGGACAAGAAACAAAAAAAAAAAGGAAAAAAAAAAAAUUCAUGUUUCUUUCAAGCUCAACCCGAAGUUCAGAUACUUGGGGUUUUUUUUUUUUUUAAUGUUUUGCUGUUAAAUGUACAGUAAAUAGGCUAAGAUCUUAUGUAGGGUGGCCGAAUGUCAUUUCGAUGCCUUUUUGAGGGUUGCGUAUUUUGGAACUCUCCCGUCCUAUUUUUGUAAAUGGAACAAGCUCAUUAGCCUAAUCAUAAAUAUAGUCUGCCAUCAUCCCAGCUUUGUACCAUUUAGUAUGCAGAUACUUCCUAGUAUGCACUCUUGUGGAAUGUGUUUUGGAUGCUCUCCUUAGCUU